CUCCUCGACUCUUCCAACCCCCAUUCUCUCCUAACCAUGGGCGAUCGCCCCCGCCGCGGCGGCGGAGGAGCCCCGCCGCCGCCGCCGCCGCCGCCGCCGAAGCCUACGCCGCCGGGGAGCCAAACCCUAGAGAAGGUCGGCCUCACCUCGCUCUCCGCCGCGGCGGCGGAGGCCGCCACCUUCCCCAUCGACGUCACCAAGACGCGGCUCCAGCUCCGCCGCGGAUCCCCUCCCGCCGCCGCCGCCGCCGCCGCCGCCGGAAACCUCGUCCGCGUCACCUCCGAGAUCUAUAGGAGCGGGGGCCUCUUGGGGUUCUACAGUGGCCUCUCCCCCGCCCUGCUCCGCCACCUCUUCUACACCCCCAUCCGCAUCGUCGGGUACGAGCACCUCCGAAACGCCACCGCCGCCGACGAUUCGCUCCUUGCGAAAGCCCUCGCCGGAGGCGUCUCCGGCGUCUUCGCGCAGAUCGUGGCGAGCCCCGCCGAUCUUAUAAAGGUGAGGAUGCAAGCGGAUGGCCGUCUCUCAAUCCAAGGACUUCAGCCUCGGUACUCGGGAAUUGCUGAUGCCUUAAGAAAGAUUAUACAAGACGAAGGCUUUCUCGGCCUAUGGAGGGGAGUUGUCCCGAACGCCCAAAGAGCGUUUCUUGUCAAUAUGGGAGAAUUGACAUGCUACGACCACGCAAAGCAUUUUAUUAUACGUAAACAUAUUUGCGACGACAAUACAUACGCACACACCUUGGCGUCAAUUGCAUCCGGCCUUUGCGCCACUACUCUGAGCUGUCCGGCUGAUGUUGUGAAAACGAGAAUGAUGAAUCAGGCUUCUGGGAAAGAGGCGGAGGGUUUAUUAUACAGGAAUUCUUUUGAUUGUUUGAUUAAGACCGUGAAAUAUGAAGGCUUAAUAGCUUUAUGGAAGGGCUUUUUACCUACGUGGGCACGGCUCGGCCCUUGGCAGUUUGUAUUUUGGGUUUCUUACGAAAAGCUCCGAAAAGCCUCUGGUCUUUCGUCAUUCUAGUGAGUUUUACCAGUUGUUCUUAUAAACAGAUUUUCUCCUUCGGAUUUAUUAUUCAUACAGGGAUGGAAAAAUAGAUAAGUAGAUGGUGAUUUCCCUUUGCUUGAGUUGUUUCUUCUUAUGUGUGCCCUAAGUACCGAUUAGGUUUCCUGAGAUCUGCUUGCCUGUAGCUUUUGUUACUCUUUCAUUGCAACUUGCCGGCUCUUCUUUCUUCCAACUGUUUCUUUUUAGCUCUA